CAUAAAACCCUAAACCCCACCAUCCCCGGGAGGCGAAAAGCGAAGAGUGUGGAAGCGUCUCGUUCUCUUUUCUUGCUUGUUUCCCAAGAAGGAGAAGGAGAAGAGCGGCGGCGUCUGAUCUCGUCGGCGGCGGCGAUGGCGGCGAUUCGGCGUCUGAUCCCGUCCUUCAACCGGGUGCUGGUGGAGAAGGUGGUGCAGCCCAAGAAGAGCGCCGGCGGCAUCCUCCUCCCGGAGACCUCCAAGCAGCUGAACUCUGGUAAGGUCAUAGCUGUUGGCCCUGGCAGCCGUGACAAGGAAGGGAAGCUGAUCCCUGUUGCUCUCAAGGAAGGUGACCAUGUGCUCCUGCCUGAGUAUGGUGGUCUUGAAGUCAAGCUUGCUCCUGAGAAAGAGUACCUCCUCUACAGAGACGAUGACAUUCUGGGCACCCUCCACGAGUGAUUCAGAUGGUGCGGAAGUCAUCAGCUGCUUUAAUGCAGGAGGAGAGGAUGUUAGAGUCUCCAUGUUAUCGGAUAAACCUGAAGUAGAACUCUCUUUUAUGGUGUGAUGAUAGGUUUUUACCUCGAACAUUGCCAGACUUUCUGUCGUGAUGCAGUUCAGUAAACUUGCAGCUGAAGUGCUGCCUUAAUUUUCGUCAAAUUACUUCCCUGGCUGCUAAGCCUUGCGUUAUUUGGAUUAUUAUAAUAGUGGGUUCAUUGAUGCA